AUGGAUGACAAUUUGGAGCAGACGUUUCUUACACAUGGAGAAGAAGAAGAAGAAGACAAGACUGAUCUAAAAAGAAGAGUUUGGAUUGAAACAAAGACAAUAUGGAGGGUUGCUUUCCCUUCGAUGUUGGCUAGGGUUACUUCCUUUGGAAUGAUUGUUGUGACACAGUCGUUCCUUGGUCACAUUGGCAAAGUUGAGCUUGCCACUUAUGCUCUCGUUCAAAGCAUUUUCGUACGUUUUAUCAAUGGUAUACUGAUUGGGAUGUCGAGUGCAACUGAAACUUUAUGUGGGCAAGCAUUUGGAGCAGGACAGCACCAUAUGAUGGGAAUAUACCUGCAACGAUCAUGGAUUGUUGAUGGCCUUACAGCGACGAUAUUGCUCCCCGUGUUCUUUUUUGCUACACCAAUCUUCAAACUACUUGGACAGGAAGAUGAGAUUGCAGAUGCAGCUGGGACAAUUUCUCUAUGGUUUAUUCCCAUGCUUUAUUAUAUGGUCUUUGGACUCACCAUCCAGAUGUACCUCCAAGCUCAGCUCAAAAACUUGAUUGUUGGGUGGUUAAGUGCUGCUUCAUUUGUUCUUCACUUGUUAUUGUCUUGGAUCCUGGUUUACAAACUUAACUGGGGGGUUGCUGGGGCAAUGGGUUCCUUGAACAUAUGUAGUUGGGCUAUGGUUCUAGGCGAGUUUGUGUACAUCUUUGGAGGUUGGUGCCCCAAUACAUGGGGAGGUUUCUCCAAAGCUGCCUUCUAUGACCUAUUGCCUGUAGUCAAGCUCUCCAUGGCCUCUGGCCUCAUGCUUUGCUUAGAGUUGUGGUACAAUGCCAUACUUGUCUUGCUGGCUGGAUAUAUGAAAAAUGCAACCAUUGCCAUUGAUGCUUUCUCCAUCUGCCUCAAUGUCAAUGCAUGGGAAUUCAUGAUCAGCCUAGGCUUCAUGGGUGCAUCAAUAGUCCGCGUUGCGAAUGAAUUAGGGAGAGGAAAUGCCAAGGCAGUGAAAUUUUCAAUAAAAACAAUUAUGAGCACUUCAGUCUGCAUUGGAAUGGUGUUUUUCAUUUUGUGUUUGGUAUUUGGGGGUCAAAUUUCCUACUUGUUUACCAGUGAUGAACAAGUUGCAGAAGCUAUCUCAAGUCUCUCAACUCUUCUUGCCAUCUCAAUCUUGUUCAACAGCAUUCAAACAGUACUAUCAGGUUUCAUUUAUAUGUUUUUUGAGGGUAUAGCGAUUGGAGCUGGUUUUCAAAGUAUGGUUGCAAUUGUGAACUUGGGAUCUUAUUAUGCAGUAGGAUUACCUCUUGGAGCUGUGCUUGGAUAUGUACUGCAUCUUCAAGUUAGGGGUUUAUGGAUUGGAAUGCUCUGUGGAGUGGCAUUACAAACAUUCAUUCUUGCUUUCAUAGUGUGGAGAACAGAUUGGGAUGAGCAGGUUAAAAAAGCAUCUGAACGCCUCAGUCGUUGGUUGAUAAAAUCAGAAGCGGAAAAUAAUCAAAGCCUACUUCAAGCUUAA